CUCAUACUAAGCAUAUUGAUAUUUAUUUGUUGUUCACAAUACACAAAUAAAUACACAAUAGUGUGCGUUUAGAUAUAAAUUUCUAACUGGAGAUCAAGUGUUUGCAAAUCAUGACAGGUGUUUGCCAAUGUGUACAGAACUGAAAUAAAUUUAUCAGGUGAAUUUAUCAGGUGAAAACAUUACAGAACACUAUGGCAAUGCAACGAACGAUGGGCAUUGCGCGCUUUAUACAGAUUGCCUUUUGGCAUCGUUCACUAUGAUUAUUAUCACUUAGCUGUCGUACCACAAUUCAACAGAAUAGUACCCGAACAACCACCCCCGUUAUUGCAAUGACCUGCGGUACCUCGCCUGGCGUACACCACCCCAAAAACUUGGGUUGGCGACAUUCAGCUAAAGACUCAUUCUUAGGCGUACUCAUCUCAACAAUCACACAGAUCUCGAACAGGUGCUAUUUUUAGAUUGCGACACUUUGCCAGUAGUUGACCUUACAGGACUUUACUCGAUGCUUGAAUUAGGCGGUGAGUGGGGGGCAGACUACUGGGCAAAUACAGGAGACACCUCCGUAUCCGCUGGCAACCAUGUGUCCGACAUCAGCCCGGGUCUAGGUACAGUGUUCUGGGCGGAUAUUGAAGGGAAUUACACCAUUGAUACAAAACUGAUAAGCGCAAAGCAGAAGGAGCUCUAUUCAAAUGAAGAAAGUAUUGGUAUACUGAAGAAUGCGUAUGACGAACGCGUUGUAUCCAUGGACAAGUCUCAAUUAUUCACUAGCACGCAUAUGACUGUGGGGUGUGACACCGGCAUUAUGCUCAUCGAUCUCCGGCGAUCAAACGUGGCACUAGAGCUACUGAAUGUAAUACGGAAUGACGUGGAGCUACUAGCAACAUCCAGGGGAGAUAAAGACGUUUAGCGACAUGCCUACUUCCUCAGCAGAACACCUUUCAGAAUAGCACCCUAUGUCGGAGUGCUUGGUCAUUUCUCAGGCAAGAUGGAAUCCAAACACGACGAUAAGGGCGAGAUUGUGCUUGUGCACCAAGUUUGGACGCCUAGAGUCGACCAUAUGGAUCGUCAUAGAGUCAAGAUAGAAGCCUUGGAUGCUGAAGGUAAAGGGCACUCAGUGAGCCAUAUGAGAUAAAUAUACUGUUCUUACGACCGUAUUAUAUUACAUUUGAUGGACACCGUUGCAUCCCGAGCCCACGAAACAUCAUAGUGCAAGGACACAUAUCCGUAUAUUAGUGAACGAAAGACCCGAUUAUGUGGACCUGUAUAUGUCCAAAACUUGGAAGAAAUAUUCUAGCGAGCUCAGCCCGAAGGAGAUGAUGGCCACGCCUACGGACGUGCUUGAAAAUUUAUAUAAACUGCCAGGGAAAUACGACUUCUUAUGAGUUGCGCAUCAGAGCAUGGGGCUCACGUGCUUGGCAGAAUAUCGACCAGGAAGAGUAGGUACGCCACUUCCUGACUACGUGGACACAUACAUAUAUAAGUAGAGUAUACAAGUACAUAAUUAGUACGCACUCAGAGUGUGAUACACACAUAAAACCAUCUGUACAGCAGCAGAAGACGUUCACACACAUACAACGCAGCCUACUGCAAUGUGUACCACAUGAAAGUUGUCGGGAAGAUGAUAGAGUAUUCAAUUCGAGCUACAAGA